GAGAGCCUCUGGGCUCUGUAGCGGUGGAUCCUGGCUGGCGCAGCGGCUGAGCCAUGGCUACGAAUUUCAACGACAUCGUCAAACAGGGAUACGUGAAAAUGAAGAGCAGGAAACUGGGGAUUUACCGCCGUUGCUGGCUGGUGUUCCGGAAAUCUUCCAGCAAAGGUCCUCAGCGACUGGAGAAGUACCCCGAUGAGAAGUCGGUGUGUUUACGUGGGUGUCCAAAGGUCACGGAAAUCAGCAACGUGAAAUGCAUCACGAGGGUGCCCAAAGAGACCAAGCGCCAGGCUGUGGCCAUCAUCUUCACGGACGACUCGGCUCGGACGUUCACCUGUGACUCAGAGUUAGAGGCCGAGGAGUGGUACAAAACGCUGUCCGUCGAGUGCCUGGGGGCCCGGCUCAACGACAUCAGCCUGGGAGAGCCGGAUCUGCUGGCGCCCGGGGUUCAGUGUGAGCAAACAGAUCGGUUUAAUGUCUUCCUCCUGCCCUGCCCCAACCUGGACAUCUAUGGCGAAUGCAAGCUGCAGAUCACCCAUGAAAACAUUUACCUCUGGGACAUGCACAACCCCCGCGUCAAGCUCGUCUCCUGGCCCUUGUGUUCGCUGCGCCGCUACGGACGGGAUGCCACGCGGUUCACCUUUGAGGCUGGCCGCAGGAUGUGCGACGCAGGUGAAGGGCUGUACACCUUUCAGACCCAGGAGGGGGAGCAGAUCUACCAGAGGGUGCACAGCGCCACCUUGGCCAUCGCUGAGCAGCACAAGCGUGUCCUUCUUGAGAUGGAGAAAAAUGUGAGGCUACUGAACAAGGGCACAGAGCACUACUCCUACCCCUGCACACCCACCACCAUGCUGCCGCGCAGCGCCUACUGGCACCACAUUACCGGCUCUCAGAACAUCGCCGAAUCCUCCAGCUACGGUGGUGAUACGUACCCGGGACCCCAGGCCAGCUCAGAGACAGACCUCCUCAACCGUUUCAUCUUACUGAAGCCAAAUGCUCCCAAAAAUGGAAAGAGUGACAGCAAAGAUCCAAACUCUGCUUCGCAGUGAUGCGGCCCUGAGUGGAGAGAGAAAAGCGAGAAGGCCCAGCCAGAGUGCUGGCUCAGUCCAAGAGAGCCGUUGCUCAGCAUCGAAGAUUUUUUUUGUUCCAGUGCCUGCUCCUUUCCUACCUACCACGAGAGGUCUGAGGUUUGGGGACAGCUUUUGGCUGUGGGGAAAAGGAGCAGAAUUUGCACAGAAUUCCAAGGAGAAUGUUCCGGAUCCAGGAGUUUGGCCCCAACAGCCUGAAACUGCAGUGGGCAAAGCCCUGCUAGGCCCAGAAUGACGGCAAGAGCCUAGACGUGAGGACGAGAAUUAGCUAUAUAUUGUUACAACUAUUUUAAAUAUAUAAUAUUGCUUAUGCAUAUUCUAUAUAUCAAGAGAUUUUUCUCACACGAAUGCACAUUUCUUAGCCAUCGAGGUGAGAUUUUUAAACGGCCGGAGGGUG